CCUUCCUGCUGCAUCACAACAGUCGCGAGUGGAUCGUGUGACACUGUAAGCCACUUCCACGGCUGUGUGGAGUUUUUUUGCUAAUACAUGUAACAGUGUUUCUCUUCGACAACGUCCAGAGUGAACUCCGUCACCGUCAGUCACAGCGGACGUCAGAACAAACGGCAUUUCGCGUUUGAAGCAGCACACCGGUGGGGAGAUGGCUAGGCCAGAUCAGGUCCUGCUGCUAGAACCUCAAUUCGAUCUGAGAUUCCGAGGUCCAUUUACAGAUGUGGUCACCACCACCCUAAAGCUUGCUAAUCCUACAGACAGAAAUGUGUGCUUUAAAGUAAAGACAACUGCACCGCGCCGAUACUGUGUGCGGCCAAACAGCGGAGUGAUUGAUGCUGGAACCUCGAUCAACGUCUCGGUGAUGUUGCAGCCAUUCGACUAUGAUCCAAAUGAGAAAAGCAAACACAAGUUCAUGGUACAAUCACUUCUGGCUCCGCCUGAUAUGACCGACACAGAGGGAGUUUGGAAGGACGCCAAGCCUGAGGAUCUGAUGGACUCCAAGCUGAGAUGCGUCUUUGAGAUGCCCACUGAAAAUGAGAAAACACUUGAAAUGGACAGCAAUAAGAUCCCCUCCAGUCUCUCAAAGUCAGAAUCGUCCACAUUGUCUAUGAAGUCCAUGGCCUCCAGUCUGGAUGAUGGAGAGGUAAAGAAAAUCAUGGAAGAGUGUAAACGGCUGCAGAUGGAGGUGCAGCGACUACGAGAGGAGAACAAACAGAUCAGGCAGGAAGAUGAUGGUCUGCGGAUGAGGAAGGGAACGGUAAUGUCCGCUCCGCACUCAUCCCAAGCGGUGAGAGUGAAGGAGGAGGGGCUGAGCAGCCGGGUGAUAGCGCUCAUCGUGCUGUUUUUUGUUGUGGGUGUCAUAGUAGGCAAGUUGGCCUUGUAAAAUCCAACAUGCGAGUGCUACAAGCAUGCGUUGUGGAUGAAACAAAAACAAAACAGACAAGUAACCAAUGCAGAAUUUGUUUAAUCCGAAUGCCAUAUCAUUUGGGUAGUUUUGGAUUAGCGAGGUUUGGAAAAUUAAUAAAGAGAUCAAGGAAUUUCAUCAAUGUUGUGAAAAGGUAAAAAAAAUCUUUAAAAAAAAAUCUGACACAGUUUUUGCCUCAAAAUUGUGCAAUCGUUCUGGUCCUCUUCCUUAACAAUUUCUGAUGCAAUUUCAAAUGGAUCACAAAUGUCAUCGAUUUUAACCUCUCAAAGUCUCGUAGGGAUUUUCUAACACCAGACAGUGCAUUUGAGUUGUGCUAGAGUGAAUGUUGUUUUAUCACGUUUUUUUUGUUUUCUGUGGAGGCGAGAAGCUGGAAAUUUAAUCUGUAAUCAAAUGCUUUUAAGUCUUCAAAGUGUCACAUGUGCAUUUAAUUUAAUCGUACCCAUACCUCCUGCAUUAAAACGGCAGUUCACGGAAGUGUACUAUCAAUAGAACAGGCCUUCUUGUAUCUUCCCUGUUGCUAAAAUAGCAUGCAGUUUGUUUAUUCACUUCCAUUUAGUCCAAUAUAUAUGAAUGAGUACCAAAAAGUAUGAUUUAACAUAUAUUUCCUCUGCAAAUUAGAUGUAUUUGCAAGCAUAAGAUUUCACCUAUUUCUCACGAUCUCACUGUUUCAGGCAAUUUAUUGUGUUCACUUGCACUAAGACAUUCACUUGCACCUCAGGAUACAUAUUAGACCCAAUUACAACAGUUAGAGAAUUUGGGUUUUCCAACGGACUUUUUUGAGAUGCGUGUUGACUUUUUAGGUUGUUCUUAACAGUUUAACUUUCUGAUUUGACAAUGAGGAAAUGGACUGUUAGUGACUGAUAUUUCAAACUGCUGUUAUUGGGGAACCAUUUAAACAUAGAGCCGUAAUUUGAUGCAAUUUCUCUGUGACCUACUCUCGUAACUGCUCUGUUAAGUUAAUAACGUUUCUGAAACCAUUGCUUCAAAUGAAGGUUAGCACAGGAUCAGAUAGAUUCACACAUUUUCUCAUUUUCUUUUGCUAAGGGAUAUAUGCUUGAAUGCAUGGCUCUGUUCAGAGCAAAAAAAUAAACCUGAAGCUGCUCCAUAGGUGAAAUCUCCUUUUCAGCCCCCUUUAGCAAACCUGAAUUUCAAUCUUGCUUCCUGUAAAUCAGAAUUAAUUUAUUGAUCAAGAUCUUAUCUAAUAGUGCAGCUGCUAAGCAUAAUUUCUGAUGCACCAAGUACAGAUGUUCUUGUACAUACCAACUUGUUGAAGGUCUCUUUCCCUAUGAACUUUUUAGUUGAAGAUAUUAUGAGGAGAGUUAAGUUUAACACCUGGCCCAUAAACACUAACCCCUUGUCCUUCUAUCCUCCUGAAAAUGAACAAAGCAACAUGUACUCACCCUUAUGUUAUUCUUACCCUAUAUUUUUUCCAUUCUUCUAUGUAACAAAAUAAGAUGUUAGCCAGAAUGUCUUAGCUGCUCUUUGCCAUGCUGUGAAAAUAUGUGGUGGUUUAAACUGUCAAGCUCCUAAAAGUAAAAAACACACCAUAAAAAUAAUUCAUGACUUGUGCCGAGUCUUCUGAACCCAUAGGAUAGGUUUUUGUCAUGAAAAAAGGAAAUUUACAUCAUUGUUCACUGAUAAUCUUCCUCUCUGCCCUUGCUCUCAAAUCUCAUUUGCGUUCGCGACUGUUAAAACUUAGAGUUGCAAUUGGCCAUGUUACGUGAGAAUGGUGUCAAACCUGCUGUCUGAUGGCGCCAUUUUAAAAUUCAUAAGCGUGAAUGAGAUUUGCAAGCUAUGGCAGAGGGGAAGAUUUUCAGUGAAUAACUAAUAUGGCAGAAUAUAGAAGUCAUUCGGACUACAUUUAUGAAACUUUUUUGCUGCUUUUUGUCUAUGCUUGUAUAAAAAGAGCUGCUCGUACUUUCCGCCUUACAUCUCCUUUUGUGUUUCACGGGGGAAAGAAAAUUGUUCAGAGUUGGUACAACAUAAGGUUUUGAAGAAAUUAUAACACGUUCAUUUUGGGUAAACCAUUUCUUUAAAAACUGAAACACUCAUGCCCUUGAGGUCUGUUGUGAGUAUUGCAUUUCUUGGAUUCUUGCCAUGCCAAACUGCACCUCAUUUUCAUAUAAAUGCAUGGCUUCAAUAUGCCUUGUCAGUGGUCUGAAAGUGUGCACACUGGUUUAUCUCGCAGCAUAAGUCUUUAACAACACUCCUGACUUUUCUCCAAUGUUUUCCUGAGCCCUCUGUGUCUUUCUUGUCCUAUAACGUGUUGAAUUUAAUUGUUUCAUUUUAUUUAAGGUAUGAAUAAAGCUUUUAUUGCACAAAACUGUUUAUAUUAAGAAAUGCACUACAUUAUAAAGAUUUUCAUCUUCCCAUGCAACGAUCUGAUACAUUUUUUUGCAUUAUGUGAAAUAACAGAAAUGACAUCAGUAAAGAGACUCUUCCUACAGGGGACCAUUUUGUGACCUGAUGUCUAUUCGUGUCAUAGUUUGGUGUUAUGGGGUGUCUUUUACUUUAAUGUUACUAUUUUUUUCCCCCUUUUGAAAAGCUUUGGUUUCAGUCAAUAAUCUUAUUGCCGAUAUUGAAUUUCUAAGAACAGAGGAGCUUAUAGAGAUGGUUCACCCAAAAAUUAAAAUUGUGUCAACAUUUGCUCACCCUCAUGAUUUUCCAAACAUGUAUGUCUUUCUUCCAUGGAACACAAAAGUAGAUGUUAGGUAGAAUGACAGCAUCAGUCACCAUUCACUUUUAUUGUAUGAAAAAAAUAAAAAUAAUUAUUACUCGGACUUAACAUUGUCCGUUUCUGUUCUACGGAAGAGUUUGUCAUACUGGUUUGGGACAACACCAAUGAUGGCAGAAUUAAAUUUUUUGGGUGAACUAUCCGUACUGUAAAUAUUGUCAAAUGGCAGAACUUUGCUUUGUAAGUAACUUUAGGAGAUGUUCAGGGUAUAGUGAUAUUUGGACUGCAGUUUAUGUAUAGUUCACCAAGGAGUAUGAUUGCCAUGGAAAAGGGAGGGCUUUGGGGGCCUAUCAGCCAAUCACCUGGCUUAUUAUUAUAAUGCCCCAAACCUUCACAUAUGAUGUAAACAUGAAGGUGACCAUUUUGUAUAUAUAUAACUAAAUAAAAGUCUAAGAUGAAAAUUAAUGUUGAUAUUCCUAGUCAAGUAGUCUAUAAUGGUAUUUAAAGAAACCCCAACUUUGUUGGACUAUGUAGCAUCUUAAUAAAUUAAAUCAAUAAAGCC